CGGGUCGGAUUUAUUUUGUUGUGACACAUAUCCAUGGCUGCUGUCAACUGACGUCCUAGCUCAUGUGGAGUUUCUCUUCUCUUUAUAGGCUGUAGUGUUGCGUUUUAGCAGCCUUUCUGAUGUGAUUUGAUGUCAGAUAAGCGUCAGCGGGCCAGAGUCCAGGGCUCCUGGGCCAAACAACUUCCAAAACACUCUGCACCAAAGGUUGCAGUCCAAAUCAACCAACAGCCCAAAAAUGAAAACCCAGCUCCUACUUCGUGGGGUUGUGGUCCCCAGAAAACUCCCAAGACAUUUGAGUUUCAUCAGCCCACCAUGCCAGUUAGAGCUGUCCCACCAGAGAAGGUGAUAGAGCAGGCAGGUAUUCAUGACAUCAGCGAUGGACCUUCCGGAGUAUCCAGACUGCGGCUGCUUCCAGGAUUUCUUCCCCCAGAGGAGGCGGACUGGAUGUUCAGUAAGCUGCUGGCAGAGCUGCCCUGGUCCCAGAAGACUAACUACAGACAGGGUGAGGCGUACGAGGAGCCGAGGCUGACCUGCUGGUUCGGAGAGUUGCCCUAUACGUACGCUCGCUCCACCAUGGAUGCUAACACGCAGUGGCACCCCUUGCUGUUGACGCUGCGCGAUGCGGUGGAGCAGGCGAGCGGCUGCAGCUUUAACUCCCUGCUCUGUAACAUGUACCGGGACUGCCACGACAGCAUCGGCUGGCACAGUGACGACGAGGCCUCGCUGGGUAACAAGCCCACCAUCGCCUCCCUCAGUCUGGGCGACACGCGAGUGUUCAGCCUCCGCAAGCAGCCUGCACCGGAGGAGAACGGAGACUACACCUAUGUGGAGCGGAUUCGGGUUCCUCUGAGUCACGGGACGCUCCUGCUCAUGGACGGAGCCACACAGGAUGAUUGGCAGCAUCAAGUGGCUAAAGAGUACCACGACCGAGGGCCACGCAUCAACCUGACCUUCAGAACGAUCUUCCCCGAGCCGGAGGGACACAGGCCGGGGACGAAGCUGCGAUUCACACCCAAACAACCGUAAACUCCCCCCAGGGUCCUGUACUAAAGGCUGAGGAAACUAUCUAGAAGUUAUUCUGCUAAAAUACCGAUCCACACACUUCUACAAAACUUGAAGCUUAUGUUUGAUGGAGAGAUGUUGUCGGGUGUGAAGCUUGAAUCAAGUCUUGUAAACACAUUACUGCCAGUCUGACUAAGAGUUUAAACAGGAUUUGCAGCUCCAAUUGAAUUCACUGGUUGCAUAAUUGAACCAUAAUAACUCUGCAGUCGUGACGAGCGUUUUCUCUAUCAGAUAGGAGCGUAUUCAGAGAAGCUAAGCAGAAAAGUGGGUGAUAAUGAAGGUAUACAGGCUGGAUGAAAUGCUAGCUUUGCAUAUAACUUUAUUUGUUCAGCACAGACGGUUGUUUCCGUAAAAUUACUUUGAUAAAAUCUUUGGUCAGUUCGCCAGACUAAUGACUCGCCCUUAAGAAAAGUGUCCCACUGACUGCACAGCCUUUCACUGUUGACCUCAAAUGUAAAAAGAUUCCCUGCCCUGUUUAUCUUCAGGAGCUUUUUGCCGGAGAACUCGGUCGCUAUUAAAAGGGAAGGAACAAGUAAAGUGGCCACUUAAGCCAAUUAAAACUCCAUCACGACUGGAACUAGUUAAUUGUCAAUUAGGUCAUUCAAAAAACCUCUCGUGUAUAUUUUAAAGAAGCACAUUAAUUCAAGUUCUCUAAAAUGUGGUAACCCAAGUUUUUUGAGAUAGCUUUUGCACAAAGGUAUGAGUUAUGUGGCAAAACAGGCAUGCAUUUUCAACUGGAUAGCAACAUAUAUUUAAGUUUAAAAUUGUAUUGGAUCAUUUAAAAUACACAAAUAUGACAAUACAACAAGUUAUAUAUGCUGCAGGAAGAGGAAAAGGAUGCUAAAUGUUAUAGAGAACACAAUAUACAGAAUAUAAUAUGACUUUAUAACAGUAAAGGCAAACUAUUGUGUAUGAAAUGUUUACUUAAAGACAGCAGUGUACCUGAAACAACUGAUAAGCACUUCAAAAAAUAUGCCUACAAUAAUGUACGACUGUUCAAGAAGGCUUCGCAUAAACUCCCAUCAACCUGGAGACAUCAAACAGACUCAGAUUCAGGCUGACAUGUUAACUACUGUGGUAAAAGCACCGAAGAAUCCCACAGCUAUAAAGGGGUUUUAACAACCUGAAGUAAACAUGAUAAACUCACGGGAAAGACUAGUGUUCUUUGGAAAGACACCAACACAAUUCAAAUGUAAAGCGUUUCGGAAAGAAACCAUGAUUUUAGGCUUUUUGUUUCCUGCAAUGUGGAUUUUGUUCAAGCGUUAAAUAACUGUUGUCAUUUUGGUGGAGAUUCUAAGUUAUUUUUAAUAGAGAAAGCUAAUUAAGUUCCUUUCGUAUAGGACAUUGUUAUGGGAAUUUAAGACAUGUUUAAGGGGGUGUUGCUUUAACCGCCCGCAUGAUGGGAGAUUCUGUUUGUUUUGCAACACUGAAUAAAUGCACCUCCUUGUUAUUGGUUCCUGCUGUUUGGAAAUAAACAAUUACUUCUCUGA